AUGGUGACCAUCCGGAGUGGUUCGGUCUUUAUUCUGGUUCUGCUGGCUGUAUCAUGCCUGGUCAUGGUUGCAAAUGGGGAAGACAAAACGAUUAAAGUGAAGAAAGUGAGGGGAGAGAAAGUGUGCACACAAGGAUGGGAAUGUAGCUGGUGGUCGAAAUUCUGCUGUAACCAGACAAUAUCAGAUUACUUUCAGGUUUAUCAGUUUGAGCAACUCUUUUCCAAAAGAAACACUCCUGUUGCUCACGCCGUCGGUUUCUGGGACUACCAGUCCUUCAUUACGGCUGCUGCUCUCUUCGAGCCUCUCGGGUUUGGUACCACUGGAGGAAAGCUCAUGGGACAGAAAGAAAUGGCUGCGUUCCUCGGUCAUGUCGGCAGCAAAACAUCCUGUGGCUACGGAGUUGCAACAGGAGGGCCAUUAGCUUGGGGACUAUGCUAUAACAGGGAAAUGAGCCCAAGCCAGUCUUACUGUGACGACACGUGGAAAUUCAAGUACCCUUGCAGCCCUGGAGCUGAAUACUACGGACGUGGUGCCUUACCCAUUUACUGGAACUUCAACUACGGUGCAGCUGGAGAAGCUCUUAAGGCUGAUCUCUUGAACCACCCCGAGUACGUUGAGCAGAACGCGACACUGGCCUUCCAAGCUGCAAUCUGGAGAUGGAUGACACCAAUCAAGAAAUCUCAGCCCUCGGCUCACGACAUUUUUGUUGGAAACUGGAAACCAUCGAAGAACGACACUUUGUCCAAACGUGGCCCGACUUUUGGCAGCACGAUGAACGUCUUGUACGGAGAGUACACGUGUGGUCAAGGUGACAUUGAUCCAAUGAACAACAUAAUCUCACACUACUUAUACUACCUUGACCUCAUGGGUAUUGGAAGAGAAGACGCCGGACCAAGCGAUGAGCUCAGUUGCGCCGAGCAGAAAGCUUUCAAUCCUUCCACUGCACCUUCCUCUGCCUCUUCGUAA